AUGCAGCACAUGGCUGGGGCCGGCCAGAUGAUGCAGCAGCAACCGAUGCGGAAGCCGACACCCAAUCAGCUCCAGCAAAUAGUUUAUCAGAACUUGGUUCAGCACACGCAGCCUUUUACUGGAAUAUGCUGGCAGGCAAAUGUAGUAAUCUCUGAUCGUAUGGGAAAAACUAUGAAUUUGAUCACUAAUAUCAACCUUGCUAUGAAUGGUGGUGAUUACAUGAAAGGCGCAGAAUGGGGCUGCAACUUUGAGCGCGAAGCCUUUCACAAGUCCCCCACAAAAGAAGCCUAUGACCAAGAGAUGGGCCAAAAGAUUAUGGAAUUCUUUAAACGGCGGCAGGCCAACGAGCCUAACCUCCAAAAUAGCAUAAACGUCAAUGCUCAGGCUCAGGCCCAAGCACAGGCGAUGAUGAACAUGCAAAUGGGACGCGGUAUGGGCCAAGGUCUGCAGCAAGGCUUCCAGCCCAUGCAACACCCAACGCAAGGUGGCCAAAUGGGACAAGGACAGCAGCAGCUUCCCAUGGGUGCCGGCAUGAAUAUGGGUAUGGGCAUGGCAAACCAGGCUGGUCGCGGCAUGGGCCCGGGACAACAAAUGGUCGGAAUGCCUGCGGGACAAGGCCGCCCACAGCAAACCCAAAUGCCCCAGGAUAUGGCCAGGCUUUCACAGCAAGACAAGCACAAAGUUACAGAACUCGCCACAAAGAUGUUUAACACCGCCUCGGAACAACAAAAGGCGCACACCCGCCUGCAACUUCAGUCCCGAAUUUCUCCUGCACAGCUACAGGAGAUGACAAGUCAAGGUCGCGAUCCUUUGAUGUGGUUUUAUCAAAAUCAAGCCUUUCAGGUUCUAAAAGCAAACAUGAACCGAAUUCAGCAGCAGCAGCAGGGACAGCCGCAGCAAGGGAUGGCACAAAAUGGUAACAACAACCAGGCAACCAUGAUGCAGCAGCAAGCAAGCCAGCAGUCUCUCCGUCAACAGCAGUCACAACUCCAGCAACAACAGCAACAGCAGCAGCAGCAGCAGCAGCAGCAGCAACAGCAACAGCAACAGCAACAGCAACAGCAACAGCAACAGCAACAGCAACAGCAACAGCAACAGCAACAGCAAGGGCAGCAGCAACACGGAACGACCAACAACAAUCAAGGGAACAACGACUUCUCGUCUUUUCCCUCCAACAUGGAGAGCAUCAAGGCCGAGCAAAUGAAUGGGCUUAUGGCCCAGCAAGCAGGGCAGAUGGUAGUACCCGCCAACACAGCACAGAACCGCAACCCGACACCCCAGCCGGCCGGACAAAACGCAGCGAAUCAACAGGGUCCCCGACCGCCACAACAGCAACAGCCUCACCAGAACAUGAACAUCCAGCAGCAAAUGAAGAUCAACCAGGCUCAGCAGACUCAAGCACAACUUCAAGCUCAGCAGAUGAAGCAGAUGCAAAGCCAACAGGGGAUGGGAGGAAAUAUGCAAACUUCUCAAAGUCCUGGAAUGAAUACACUUAAUACACCUGUGUCUCGACCUGGGAAUAACAUGAACCAGGCGGCAGGCCAGGGCGGGGUACAAUUCGGAGACCAGCGAUUCAACCAAGGGGCACAGCGACCAAACAGCCAGGCUUUCCACCAUAUGCUGGCUGCUCUACCACAGGAGCAGCGUGCAAUCGUGAGCGGUCUGUCCCCGGACAAGUUGAAUGAGGUGAUGCAGCGUUGGCAGAACAAGCGCCAGGAACAAAUGGGACCCAACGGUGGACAGAACACUCCGGGGCAAAUGCCCAACCGCCCGCCUGGCCAGAUGGGCCAAAUGAACCCCAACAUGGGUGGUCAAGUGCCAGUUGGUAUGCAACAGUCACAGGGCGGCGUACCUAUGAAUGGCAACCAGCAACAAGGACCAAUGGCUCGGUUCAACCCUACUCAGCAAUUGGCCAUGAUGGACUCGAUGGAUCUGCCACCUCAAGUCCUCACCCAGCUCCAAAACCAGAUCCCUCCUGAGAUCAAGAAAUGGGGACCGCUCAAGGUGUGGCUUCAGCAGAACAACAUUCCCCCACACAUGCGGAACCAAUUGGCGGCGAUCCAGCAGAAGCAGUUCCAACUUAUUAUUCAACGGCGUGCGAUGAUGCCACAGCAGCAGCAGCAGCAACAACCUCCUCAGGGGCAGCAACCAGGACAACAGUUCUCCCCUCAGCAGCAAGCCCAGCAGCCGCAACCACUUGGCCAAAACACUGCUAACCAAGGCAUGCAGCCUGGAGCCGGACCAGGACCUAAUCCUCUACAGGCAGCCCGACAGCAGAUGCAGUUCCCGCCUCAGAUCCUACAGGCAGCUCCCCAUGAGAUUCAGCAGGUCAGAGCAUCGAAGCCCCAGUUUGCAGGUCUCCCCGAGGAGCAAUUGCGCAGCAUCGUCAUUCAAAUGAAGAAGCAGGGCUGGAUGAACCAACAGCAACAACGAGCUCAAGCUGCACAACAGGCUCAGCUCCAGGCUGCUCGCCAGGGCCAGCAAGGAAUGCAGAACCCGAUGGGUGUGCCUCAAGCCCCGAUGCAACUCCAGCAACCGCCUCAGCCGAACCCGACGCCUCAGACCCAGCCUGUACAAGCACCAACAGCAAUGGGACAGAAUGCUACUCCCCAACAGGGAGGCCAGAAACAGCCGACCGUUACUCCCGAGCAGAUGAGAAACGUCAGACCUCAACCUGCCAACAACCGUGCUCAACCUCCUAACCCAUCACCUGCACCCGCAGCGAAGAACCUCAAGCGCCCAAGCAACGACGAUGCCCUCGACGUGCCUGAAGCUACGAAGCAAGUGCCUGCGAGACCCGCGUCACAACCCAACCAACAACAGCAGCCUCAAGCCCCCAGGCCGAUGAAUCCUCAGGAUCUUUCUUCCCUCACUGCUGAGCAACGGGCCCAGCUACUGAAGGCGCAGAUGAGCAGGGCUGGUAAUCUACAACCCGGCAAUGAAACCAUGGCACGCCUCAAAGCGCUUGGACAGGAGGAACAACGCAAGUCGAUCCAGGAGGUUAUGAAUGAUAUUCCCAUGUCCCAAGAGGAGCACAGCGAGAUGGCUGCCAAGCUCACCAAGAUUGUGGUGGACAUGACCAAGAUUGGUCGUGGCCUGACCAAGUGGUACAACAUCACACGCGAUGACACACGCGCGAAGCUGUUCUUCCGAAUGCGAUGGAGGAUCUUGAAACAAUUCGCCGACGGUGAUAAGAUGUCUAUUCUCAAGAACUCAUUCUCGAUCGAUUCCGCCGAGAUCGCCGAAGCUCGUGUUAUGCUUGAGGGCAUGGCUAAGGAUCUGGCUGCCGAGAUGAUGGCCAGAAACAUGGGUAUGGCUAAACCGCACGUCACACCUCCAGUUCAGAACGCACAGCCUGUCCAACCACAACCAGCGCCUCAACAACCUCAACCUCGGCAACCAGUACCAGUAGUCGAAAAUGCUCGCAGGGGCAGUGCCGCCAAGGGAGGCAACAAGGGAUCACAGGCGCCGCCAGCCCCUACGACCACCCAUGCGCCCGGCGGCUUUGAGUUUGGCGCAGGCAACCCUACCUAUGUUGGAAAGCCUCCGGUGAUCGACUUGCAUCUGCCCCCGUCACGCAAGAAGGCAAGACCUAACGGGACACCAUCUCAGGCCGCCACUCCUUCACCUAAAGCCGGCAAGAAGACAUCUCCUGAUGUUCGAAGAGCGUCGGAAACCCAAAUUGCUCACAGACCGGUCCUCACUUGCAAGGAACCCGAAUGCGAAUUUUCGACAACCGGCUACAGCACCGAGCAAGCUCUUCAGCAGCAUAUUCUUGAGGAACAUACGAAACCACGGGAGAAUCCUUUGAAGUUUGUUCAAGAAAACUUGGCUAUGGCCUUGGGACUUGAGCCCGAUGGUUCAAAGAAGGCUGAAGCGGCCUCCAUGAGCGUCACAAACUCCAAGCAAGGGCAGACACCUAUUACCACGGCAGCCACCCCUGUGUUUACUGAUGGCAAUAUGAAGCGAUCUGCUAGCAGCAUGGGUAAGCCUCAAGAUAACAAAGCUGGUGUCAAGGCUGGUGCGACUCCUAAGCAGGUCGAUGCUAAGCCGGUUGACCUCAUGACCACUGAUCCAUGGGCCAAUGCCAACAUCGAUCCCGAGAUGCUGGUCAGCAACCUUGGAGUCGAGCGCGGAAAUGGAAUUUAUGAUAAUCCAUUCUACGACUACAACGCUCUUAGCUAUUUGACACCUAGAGACACCCCUGAGUCUGCCAAGGACACUGGUAGUAGUGAGCCCAACAGCGAUAUUCCUGAUAGCACGAGCCUUGAGGUCAACUUCGAUUGGCACAAUGUGGAUUCCGAUUUAUUGCUCAACAUGGGCAACAAUGGUGGCAAUGUUAACGACAUGCUGGCUGCGGAUGCUGCAUUGCUGUUUGAUCAGCCAUCGUUACAAGAACCAGACUGGGACGAUGUCAAGAUGGACUUUUCAAAGCCCUUCCAAUUCGACACUAGCCAGCAUUACUACAUGGCUACUUCAUAA